AUGUUGCUGGCUCGUCGUGCGUGUUACAAGUGUGGCAACAUCGGCCACUACGCUGAGGUGUGCUCGUCUUCUGAGCGUCUCUGCUAUAAUUGCAAACAACCUGGUAUGGCCUACUUCUAUGCCCUGGACACGAGUCAAAUGCCUGUCCACGACCUCGUACGACGGAGAUGCUACCACUGUCAAGGAUUAGGCCAUGUCCAGGCUGACUGCCCUACCCUUCGACUGAGCGGCGGUGCUAACAGUGGCCGAUGCUAUGGCUGCGGCCAACCCGGUCAUUUGGCUCGCAACUGCGCAACUUCCAACGUCCAGGCUGGCGCUGGUCCAGGAGCUGGCCGCGGCGGAAAUGGCCCCCGUGGUGGAAUUGUUGGAAUGUUCCCCCGCGGCGCAUUUGGAGCAUAUCCCAGAGCUGCCACUUGCUACAAAUGCGGCGGUCCAAACCACUUUGCGCGUGACUGUCAGGCUCAAGCUAUGAAGUGCUAUGCAUGUGGGAAGCUGGGACACAUCUCGCGCGACUGCACGGCUCCAAAUGGAGGCCCCUUGAGCUCUGCUGGAAAAGUGUGCUACAAGUGCUCGCAAGCCGGUCACAUCUCGCGUGAUUGCCCAACUAACGAGAACAAUAACAAUAGCAACAGCAACGCUCAAGCGACUGCUGAUAAGACUGCUGCCGCUACUUCUCCGGCAGCUGCGCCAGCUUCAAUUCCAGCCCCCGCCCCAGCACCGGCGUCAGCUCCUGCUCCUGCUGCUGCUGCUCCUAUCGAAGGCUCCACUGAAGCUGUUGCUGUUGCUGUUGCUCCAGCAGCUGCUGCUACUACUACCGCGGCUGCGUAG